CUUUUUCUUAUUCCAAAUUAAAUCUUGUGUUAUACGACCAUGGAUUCCGAGGGAGUGUUAAUUCCGUUGAUCCACGAGCAUCUUGUGAUGCCUUGGAAUAAUCUGAGAAGAGGUGAUUGCUGUGGACGUUUUGAAGCUAUCAGUGAUGGCUACUAUUGCAAAACCUGCGAUUUUUUCUUCCACAAGAAAUGUGCCCAUGAGUCCUCCGAAUAUAUCGAGCAUCCAUCUCACCCAAAUCACACUCUUCAGCUACUAAGUCUAAGUACUAUAGGACGUAGUAAUCGCUGCGAUUUAUGUGGAAGGUUUAUCGCGGAUCCAGUAUUCUAUCGUUGUGAGAUCUGCGACUUCGACGUGGAUCGGUACUGUGCCAAGUACCCACCACCAGAGGUUAUUGACAUUUCCGAGACGCAUCACCACAAGCUCAUCCUUCUCAAAGAGAAGAUCGAGUUCAACUGUGAUGCUAAAUGUGGGGAGAUUGGUGAUGGGUUUCCUUACAAAUGUCUUGAAUGUGAUCUAUCCUUCCAUGUGGAUUGCGUAUGGCAUCCGCCAGAGGUAAAUCACCCUUUAGAGGUAAACCACUCUUACCACCCCUGGCACCCUCUUAAGCUCCACACAGGCCAACCACCGGACUAUUCUGACGGAACAUGUCGUCUUUGCGCAAAUGACAACACAAUACAACAUUUCAGCCAUAAAGAGCAUUACCUAAGACUCCACGUUAAUGGUGUUCUUUGUGACGACAACAAGCGGUGCAAGGCAUGCACCUAUCCCAUAUGUCUCCAAUCCUUUUACGGCUGUUUGGAUUGUGACUUCAUUCUCCACCAAAACUGCGCUGGGUUUCUUAGAAUGAAAUGGCAUGUGCUACACAAUGAACGUCUUACUCUAGUUACAAACAAGGCUGAAGUCUUCGAGUGUUAUGCUUGUAGUAGGAUUUCCAAUGGUUUCAGAUACCAGCAUGAGGAUACGACAUUUGAUGUUCAGUGCGGUUCAGUUUCGGAGCCAUUUUUCCAUCCAAGUCAUCCCAAUCAUCCUUUAUAUAACAUUUCACUAAUUGGAGAGUUUGAGAUUUGCAAUGGCUGCAAGAAGCACCGUUAUGAUGUGCUAAGAUGCAUUGAAGAUGAUUGUAAUUUUUUCUUGUGCUUCAAAUGCGCCACUCUACCACAAGUGGUAAAGCAUAGAGUUGACAAUCACCCUCUCUCACUAUGCUAUGGCGAAAAGGCUAGUGCGGGUGUGAGUUGCGUUGCAUUUUUCCUAUCAUCUUGAAGAUACUUGGAUCCUCAGAUAUAUACUUUUGCUCUCUUUUUUGCUCUAUGCGUCUGAAGCAAUAUGUCUAGCGAAUGGGGAUUUCUUUUAGAUUUCUUGUACCAUUUUUACAAGUUCAUUUCCAUUAUAAUAAGUUGAUUUCCUUAUU